CGGUGCCGUUGUUGGUGGUAUUGGUAAAUAUUUUUCUCGCUUUUUUUUUAAAUCCAUCUUUUUUGUGAUCUUUUUUCUUCCAUGUCAUGGAUUUCCUGUAAUACGGAAGUCAAGCAUUGGUCCAAAACAGUUCACAGUCAAUGAUUCGCUUUUUCCCUCUAUUCUUUGUGCAUGAUGCUAAUGGAUAUGAUUUAAUCGUUCUAUGCAAUAGCGGGUAUUAUCCUUAUUGGCGGUGCCUUAAUAUGGAUGAAUCGACGCAAAUCCCACCGAACGAAGAAGGUUGCUGAAUUCGAGGACUUCGGACUAGGCGAUCACGAUUUCCCGCAUCAUCGUUCCCCACCCAUGGCAACAGCGGCAGCCGUUGGUACGCCUUCGUCCCGGCCUACAGUUUCUCCCACGUUGCCACGACUGAAUGAACAAGGAAACUACUACAAUGAAAAUCCAGAAGCAUAUGCGAGAAAUCCAUACAACUAUCCACAAGAUAGAUAUACGACCGACAUGUCACCUGGAGGUCAAAUGUACUACCAACCGCAACAAGCUUAUUAUGAAGACGCUGGUCCCUAUUAUUACAACCACAAUGUCGCACCUGCUCCUAUACCUCCUGAGCACGGUGCAUCACAGGGCGCUUAUCCUGCAGAAGGAUAUUAUUAUAAGCCUGAUGUGGUCGACGAUAGGCAUCCGCAGCGUUUAUAAGUAAACGACUUGCCGCCAGAAAUUGUGGAACACAGUCUUUGCGAGGAACCAUAGGUUAUUCGUAUGGAUGCCGUGAGAAAAAGCAUAACAUCCUAUUGCCCCAGCCGCCUUUUUAAUAUUUCUUUCCGACCCAUGAGUGAGUUACCUUAUUAUAUUCUUUAUAUUUUUUGUAAGGAUUACAGUAUACUAUUAUUAAAUAUUCUUUUUUCAAUGAAUUGAGCAAUAUUAUGAUAAAACAUACAAGUGCGAAAAGAUGGGAAAUGGAGUGGAAAAAGAGAAGAGCAGAAGAAUAACUUAAGAAAAAAAAACUGGGAAAGAAAAAGAUUAAAAAAAAAAAAAA